GCUAUCGGACGGGUAGUAAAUGUGGACUACACAUCUGGUUUAGUUUUCUUUUUUGUGUGUAAAUCUGACAUUUCUAUAACUUUGGUGUGUCACAGUGUUACGUCAUCAUGCAACUUAUUGCGUGGAAGUGUACACUGGCUUUAUGUUUUGUUGCUGCAUAUUAUGCUGUGUGCGUGGCUGGAUCUGAUGGUUAUUAUAUAUAUUUAAAUUCCAUUUCUGGAACUCAAUACCGGUACGCAUUCCUAAAUAUUCAAACAAUACCAGCUACUUGGAGUGACCUUUGUCUCAAUUUUUACUAUUAUAUAAGUGGAGAUAGCAGUCAACUAAUAGUUAUCAAGGAUAAUUAUCAUUCAUAUGAUUUGUUCGAAAUUUUUGGCGACUACAGCAGUCAAUGGAAGUAUGCCAGUCUAUAUUUGACCAAUCAUCCUAGCAGUCUUUACCUGGAGCUUAAUGGAAGAGUUUUAGACGCUACAGAAAUGGUGGCUGUUGAUAAUAUCUAUAUCACUGAAGGAAUAUGUUUGAAAAAUGAAGGUGGUAAUUGCAGUGACUUCGAAUAUAACUGGUGUGGCUGGACUAAUUAUUACUCUAGUUCUUAUCUGUGGACGCGUUCCUCUGGGAGUAUCGGUAUUGGUCAAGAUGGUUAUUACAUAUAUGUACAAUCCUCAUCUGGAAGUCGAGACGGGUACCUUAGAAGUCCUAAAAUACAAGCUACUUGGGGAGAAUUUUGCUUGACAUUUUACUAUUAUGCGAGUGAUGUAAACCAAUAUCUACGCAUCUAUCAAGAUAAUAGUAAUUCAUUUUGGACUGUAUUCUUCGUUCGUGGUGACAGCAGUGUUCAAUGGGAGUAUGUCAGUUUACAAUUAAUUAACCGUUACAAUUACGAGCUGAGGUUACGAGGAUAUGCUUCUUACGGAACGAUAGCAGUCGAUAACAUUUGUAUCAUUGAAGGACUAUGUGUUGAAAAUAAUGAAACAACUGCACUGACAUGCCCAUCUAACGUGACUGUGGGUACCGACACUGGAGCGGCCACGGCUUCAAUUAACUAUUCUAGUGCAAUUUUCACCAACUGUGGUAACAAUUCAGUGAUCUCUCCCGAUCCUACUCAGAUCUUUCCAGCUCAUCUUGAUAUUGGAACGAAAAAAUUCACCUUUACAGCUAUAGAAUCGACGAGAAACAGUGAUACGUGUACGUUUACAAUAACGGUUGAAGACACCGAAAAGCCUACAUUAAAAUGUCCACUGAACGAGACUGUGGAUACAGAUGAGGGUAGUGCCACGGCGUCAGUUGACUAUUCAAGUAAAAUAAAUGCAACUGACAACUCCGGGAAUAUCACUACAAUCUCUCCUGAUCCAUGUGCAACAUUUCCUACUGAGCUAGGAAUUGGAGAACACAAAUACAAUUUUACAGUUGCGGAUUCCUCAGGAAAUACUGAUAAUUGCUUGUUUACAAUAACAGUCCAAGACAUCGAAAAGCCUACAUUAAAAUGCCCACCGAACGAGACUAUAGAUACUGACGACGGUAAGGCCACGGCGUCAGUUGACUAUUCAAGUAAAAUAAAUGCAACUGACAACUCCGGGAAUAUCACUACAAUCUCUCCUGAUCCAUGUGCAACAUUUCCUACUGAGCUAGGAAUUGGAGAACACAAAUACAAUUUUACAGUUGCGGAUUCCUCAGGAAAUACUGAUAAUUGCUUGUUUGCAAUAACAGUCCAAGACAUCGAAAAGCCUACAUUAAAAUGUCCACCGAACGAGACUAUAGAUACUGACGACGGUAAGGCCACGGCGUCAGUUGACUAUUCAAGUAAAAUAAAUGCAAGUGACAACUCCGGGGAUAUCCCUACAAUCUCACCAUUACUCAAUGAAACAUUUCCUGUUGAUAUUGGAAUUGGAGCACACGUCAUGUUCGCUUUUGCGGCUAAUGACUCUUCAGGGAAUACUGAUACGUGUACGUUUACUAUAAAUGUCCAAGAUACAGAAAAACCUACAAUUAACUGUCCACCGGACGAGACCAUUGACACUGAUGAGGGUAGUGCCACGGCGUUAGUUGACUAUUCAAGUAAAAUAAAUGCAACUGACAACUCCGGGAAUAUCACUACAAUCUCUCCUAAUCCCAAUGAAACAUUUCCUGUUGAUCUUGGAAUUGGGCCACACAAGUUCCCUUUUACCGCUACGGACUCGUCAGGGAAUUAUGAUAAUUGUACGUUUAAUAUAACUGUACAAGACACAGAAAAGCCUACUGUAAACUGUCCACCGGACAAGACCAUUGACACUGAUGAGGGUAGUGCCACGACGUCAGUUGACUAUUCAAGUAAAAUAUAUGCAACUGACAACUCCGGAGAUAUCCCUACCAUCUCUCCUAAACCCAAUGAAACAUUUCCUGUUGAUCUUAGAAUUGGGCCACACAAGUUCACUUUUACCGCUACGGACUCGUCAGGGAAUUAUGAUAAUUGUACGUUUACUAUCCAAGUUCUCCUAACAUUUAACGAAACAGAAGUCUCCGGCGUUGCUUUAUCUUCUGACCCAGAUAGUGUCACAUUAUCGGCUUCAGUUGACGCAGACGCAAAAAAUGGACCAUUUAAAAUCUCUGCAAAUCAAACUCUUCUUGAUGAAUCCAUAUCUCUGCAAACUUCUGGAGAAGAAUUAAGUAGUGCUUCUGAUAUUGUGAGCAUCGAUAUUUAUGACAAAAACAAUGAAAUAAUACAAGUUAAAAGUAUUGAAAUUAACUUUCCUGUAAUUAAGGUAAAUAGUACAGAAAAUGGUACAAGUGCGAGUCUUUCCCCGGUACCGGUAUGUUACUAUACACAAGAUGAAAAUGUCAUAUCAGCUAAAUGGUCAAUGAAAGGCUGUAAAACUGUCUAUGAAAACUAUGUCAAGAACGGCGUGACGUGUGUAUGUGAUCAUCUGACAUCGUUUGUCAUUUUGAUGAAACCGAAGCCGGUACCGACAAACGAGAACGACAUUUUGUCUUUGCUUACAACAGUUGGGUUAUCAAUUUCAAGUUUGUUUCUCAUAAUUACUCUCGUCAUCAUCUGUAUUUUCAGAGAUUUAAGAAAUUCUGAGAGAUAUAAAAUCAUGCGCCACUUGGUCAUCGCUUUACUUUGUGUCAAUUGCUUCUUUUUGUUACUCGAAGUUGAUGCAAAAGAAUCGAUCCUAUGCAGUGUCCUUGCAGCUUCUCUGCACUACAGUCUCUUGGCAGCUUUCUCCUGGAUGUUGAUUAUAUCAACGGAUUUAUUCAUGAAGAUCAAACAUCCGUUUGCUGAUCAUUCAAAGCGCUUCACUUACAGUCGGUUCAUUGGUUGGAUUGGACCUGUCAUUGUCGUUGGGCCGACAGCUGGUAUAGCAAGAGGGAACUAUGUAUCUGAUGAGUGUUGGUUGAAUGCUAAAUCUGGUUCCAUCUGGACUUUCAUUUUUCCCGUGUACAUCUCCAAUUUGGUUGUUCUCGUGCAGUUGAUUGUAAUUGGAUAUGUAGCUUUCAAGAAGUCUCAACUACCAAGCCAAACUGAAGAAGAAAUGCAAACGCUCAAACGGAUCAGAAAUAUGUUUCUUGACACUAAAUUUUAA